UCGUGUGCAGAUAGAAAGGAACAUUGAAAUAACCCACAGCGCCGAGAUAAAUUCUUGUGGGCUUUUGUUUUUGAUGUUGUUGUUGCUCUCCUGUGAUCAUUUCCGAGCCAUGUUACUGGACGGGUGAAUGUGUGGUCUGCAAUUUCCGCCGAUGCUUUGGGACUUGAGGGUUAUUCCGCACCGUGCCACACAUUUGCCAUUUUAACUCACGGACUAGUUGCAAAACCAAACAACCGAGGAAUGUGGAAAUAUCAGAGAAAGCGAUACUUUGGUAUUCUGUCAGCGCCGGUAGUGUUGGUGGCCGUAGUCUGCUGUGCCCAGAGCGUCAAUGAGCCCGGGAACAUGUCGUUUGUGAAGGAGACAGUGGAUAACCUGCUGAGGGGCUAUGACAUUCGCCUAAGACCGGAUUUUGGAGGUCCACCAGUCAGUGUCGGGAUGAACAUAGAUGUCGCUAGCAUUGACCAGGUGUCUGAAGUUAACAUGGAUUACACGAUAACGAUGUAUUUCCAACAAUACUGGAGGGACAAGAGGCUUGCUUAUUCAGGGAUACCUCUCAAUCUGACGCUAGACAACCGAGUGGCAGAUCAGCUCUGGGUGCCUGACACCUACUUCCUGAACGACAAGAAAUCAUUUGUGCAUGGUGUCACGGUGAAGAACAGAAUGAUCCGCCUUCAUCCAGAUGGAACAGUGCUUUACGGACUGAGAAUCACAACAACAGCUGCAUGUAUGAUGGAUCUGCGGAGAUACCCACUGGAUGAACAAAACUGCACGCUGGAAAUAGAAAGCUAUGGUUACACAACAGACGACAUCCAGUUUUACUGGAGAGGUGGGAACGACGCUGUGACUGGAGUACAUAAGAUUGAAUUACCACAGUUUUCUAUUGUGGAGUACAGGCUGGUGUCCCGCAAUGUUGUGUUCGCUACAGGUGCAUACCCGAGGCUGUCACUGAGCUUCAGGUUAAAGAGAAACAUUGGCUAUUUCAUUCUUCAAACAUACAUGCCAUCCAUACUGAUUACAAUUCUUUCCUGGGUGUCAUUUUGGAUCAAUUAUGAUGCUUCAGCUGCAAGGGUUGCUUUGGGAAUCACCACUGUGCUGACCAUGACAACCAUCAACACCCAUCUGAGAGAGACCCUUCCAAAGAUCCCCUAUGUCAAAGCCAUCGACUUGUACUUGAUGGGCUGCUUUGUGUUUGUCUUCUUGGCCUUACUCGAAUAUGCUUUUGUCAACUACAUCUUCUUUGGGAGAGGUCCACAGAUGCAGAAGAAAUUGGCAGAGAAAGCAACUAAAGGCAACAAUGGUCGACACAAGUACGAAGGCAACAGGGUGGAUGCCCAUGGAAACAUCCUGCUUUCAGCCCUGGAGAUUCACAAUGAGGUUACAGCAACAGAGGUUACCACAAGUGUGACCGAAUCUAGGAAUUCAGUGAUGUCCUUUGACAACUCAGGAAUUCAGUACAGGAAACAAAGCACAGCUCGAGAAGGGCUAGGCCGCAGCACAUUGGACAGAAAUGCUGCCCAGGCCAAGAAGAACCGUUUGCGAAGAAGGUCCUCCCAGCUAAAAAUUAAAAUCCCCAAUCUGACUGACGUUAACGCCAUAGACAGGUGGUCAAGGAUAGUGUUUCCGGUCAUUUUUUCUCUGUUCAACUUGAUCUACUGGCUGUACUACGUAAACUGAUACUAAGGUACCAUGUGCAAAGUACUGCGGACUCCCUUUUAUUGUACAGGGUGAAACAACUGCCCAGUCAUUAUAGGAAUGCAGAAUGCAGCCCCGCAGCUAUGGGAAUCUUUUUGCUGUAGAACAAAAGCUGUGAUAAAAUGUGAGGGAAAAUUUAAUUUAAAAAAAAUCUCAGAGAAAAUGAUAAAUGAAGAUACCCUCAAAGAGAGAGAGAAUGACAUUUAAUAAGCCUUGAAAAAGCUUGUCAUACUUUGCAUGAGACCAUGUCAUAUAAACAAUGAGUUAUCUGCCAUAUACACUAGGAAUUGUAAAAAUUUAGUAAUUGUUUGGACCUUGCAAGAGUUGCUUUUUCUUGAAGCUUUUUUUUUAGCUAUUUCUAAAUACAAUGAUCACGGCUGGUUAAUAUACGGUAUUUAGUUAAUUCUCACAGUGUUCUGCAGCAUUAUAGUUCAGUGUGGAACCUUGCAGUAUUGUUACCAGUACAUAGCACAGGAUGAAUGCAGAAUUAAUUUGGCAGUGAAUGAUGUUGAGUGAUUUAAUCAUCUUACACUCUGUAUAAUAAUCAUUGAUAAUUUAUUCAUGGGCAGAACUUGGGGAUUGGUUGCUCUUCAUGGUUAGACAUUGUGUAAAUAUUCUAGUUUUAGUACUUACUUUUCAUUUAAUCCCAUUUUCCAAACAGAUAUGGUAAAUGCUGUAGUUUGCUCAGUGGUAACUUCAUGAAC